GUGGUCGUAACUGCCAUGUUGGGCGUCAUCAUGAUUGCUCGGUUGCAUGCCAUGUAUCAGAAAUCUAGGCGGAUGCUUAUCUUCCUUGUUAUUAUCUUCCUAGCUGUAAACAUCGCCUGCGGAGUAAUCACGAUAAUAGUACUCAAGUAUGAGGAACUAAUAGUCUCUGGGUUUCAUAUGUGCGAUGAGGAAUCUGAGAGGGUUACUAACCAAUUUUUUAUAUCAAUAGUCUGGAUGCUCAACACUGUUUGGGAGGUCAUCGCACUGUGUCUUUCAGUCUGGAUCGCUGUGAAGCACUUCCGUGACCUGCGACGACUCGGCCCAUUGACGGGAUCGACAAUCAGAGACUGUUUCAGAGUGCUGAUGGAAUCUCACGUGCUUUAUUUUGCAAGCUUUGCCGGUGUCUCUUGCCUCCAGCUUGUUAAUAUCUCUCCAGAAGUCCAGGUGCGCCACCAUGUCACUGACAUCUCCAUGUACCCACUGCUCAUCAUUUCUGUAGAAUUGGAAUUUUGUAGCAACUGAGAUACUCAGUGGUGCUAUGGAAAUUUUAUUGUCCGUGCAGAUGUUUGUGCUGGGACCAUGCCUCAUCCUUAGUGUUC